AUGACAACUAUUGAAUUUGGUGGCGGACCGUCUAUCGAAGCUCGCCGGCAAUUUAGUAAUCUGAAGGAUGGUUCACAAGUACCAAAAUACACGGGACAUAUCCACCAAUUGCGCUAUCGUCAUGGGUAUACGUAUGGUGAAGAGACACAUCGUUUAGGCCAAGAGUAUCCUGACACAGUACAUGCGAAAUCUGAAGCACCGAUUGCGAAAUUCGAUCAAUCGGAUCCAUAUGAGACGCAUGAAUUUCCCGAUGGAAUGCUUCCAGGCUAUACAGGUUACAUACCUCAAAGAAAAUAUCAACUUGGUAAUCGAUACCGUACCGAAUCAGAUGCAUGUUUAAUAGGAACAAAAGCUGCUUAUGAAGAUGCUAAAAAUAAAUCUAAACUACUGCGAAAUACAGUUGCUGCUUAUCCAAAAACAAAGAGCUUAAAUAGUGGCACAGUAAUAAAACAUUUUCUUGAUUUUCAUCGAGCUUACAAUCCAAACGAGAAUUCGCAAAGAACUGAUCGUCGUCAAUUUACUGAGCCACCGAUUCCCGGUUAUAGAGGAUAUAUUCCUCGUAUUCGUCCAACAGAUAUUGGACUUGGCUUACGAUAUCAUGAAGCAACAAAAAAAGGUUUAAAUCGUUUCGCUGUAGAAUCAACAAGUUUAACAACUAAUUAUCCAACAUCAAUCGAUUUACCUUCAGAAUCAAAUUUACCACCGAAUGUACCAAAGCAACGUUCAUUCACAAGUUUUUCAAGUCAUCGAUUGUAUGGAAACUCAGGAAUGGUUCCAAAAUAUACUGGAUAUCUUCCUCAAAACAAAUAUCAUAUUGGAAAAACGUAUGGUGACACAAGCCGAGAAUUAGCUGUUUGUGCUCAUUCAUUUAGUAACUAUGGAGAUUAUGUACGAUCGCAAUCUUCAGUAAAUUUUCAUGAUAACAACGAGGCUUAA